AGCGGAGGCGCGCACCGAUGACGCACAGACUGGCGUCCUAGCAACGCGGUUACUAGGAAGCAGCGGGCCAUCAGAGACAUGGAUGCCACCACUGCUCCGCACCUCAUCCCCCCGGAAAUGCCUCAGUACGGGGAAGACAACCAUAUCUUUGAGAUGAUGCAGAAUAUGCUGGAACAGCUCCUGAUACACCAGCCAGACGACCCCAUCUCCUUCAUGAUCAUUCACCUGCGCCGAAACAACGACAAUGUGCCGAAGAUCAUGAUACUAGGUCCGCCCGCCUCCGGGAAAACCACCAUCGCAAUGUGGCUCUGCAAACAUCUGAACAGCAAUCUCAUCACCAAGGAGAACUUACUAAGCAGAGAGUAUUCCUCUCAGGCUAUAGAGGCCAAGAAAUAUUUCGAGGCUUACAAGAGGAUUCCCAAUGCGAUGUUUAUCAACCUGGUCCAUGAGCGCCUCUGUGAGGACGAUUGCCUCAGACGGGGCUGGGUCCUGGAGGGCAUCCCUGAGACGCGGGAGCAGGCGCUGAUGAUCCAGACCCUGGGGCUGGCGCCCAAGCACGUCGGCAUUCAGGGGUCCACACAGCUGAGAGGGCCUGUCUCAGAGCCGGAAGCUACCGAGAACAGAAAUCCCUGCUGGCUGAGAGGCAUCACUGUCUUUUCUUGGGACAAGAUUUCAUAUAGUCUAGAGAUCUACCACACCACCUUUGACUGGCCCCCUGAGGCUGAAGUUCAGAACAGGCUGAUAGAGCCAGAGGGCAUCUCAGAGAUAGAGACGGCGAAGAAGCUGCUGGACUACCACAGGAACAUUGUCAGGAUCCUUCCUUCAUACCCCAAAAUCCUGAAAAGCAUCAGCGCAGACCAGCCGUGUGUGGAUGUCUUCUACCAGGCUCUGACCUAUGUCCAAACUGGCCACAGAUGCAAUGCCCCAUUCACCCCCAAGGUGCUGCUGUGUGGGCCGACAGGCAGUGGGAAGAGCCUGCAAGCUGCCCUUCUGGCCCAGAAAUACGGCCUUGUGGACAUCUGCUGCGGGCAGCUGCUGAAGGAAGCUGUGGCAGCCAAGACAGCCUUCGGGGAACUCAUCCAGCCGUUCUUUGAAAAGCGGUUGACAGUUCCCGACAAUAUCAUCACCAGGGCUCUGGCUGACCGUCUGAACAAACAAGACUGCAUCCAGAAAGGCUGGGUGCUGCAUGGCUUCCCAAGAGACCUGGACCAGGCAAAGAUGCUGAACGCUAUGGGCUACAGUCCCAACAGAGUGUUCUUCCUCAACGUGCCGUUGGACUCCAUCCUGGAGCGGCUGACACUGAGAAGGACUGACCCUGUCACAGGAGAAAGGUUUCAUCUCAUGUACAAGCCUCCUCCCACUGUAGAGGUCCAGGUCCGUCUCCUGCAGAACCCCAAGGACUCGGAGGAUCACAUCAGGCUCCAAACAGAGUUGUUCUACAGGAACUGUGGGGACCUGGAGGAGUACUACAGUCGGGCCAUCACCAUCAAUGGGGACCAGGACCCAUAUACUGUCUUUGAGUACAUAGAGAGCGGGAUCAUUAAUCCCCUGCCCAGGAAAGUGACCUGAGGUGUGCAAAGCCUAGAGCCCCGGAGACACUAGAAUCCCCGACCCCACACAACCUUCAGCAGACCCCACCUAGCCAAUAAAGACGCUACUCACAACCUCAGGUAGCUUUCUCAUGGGGUCUGAGAGGAGGCCCCUGGAGGGGGACAGCAGAAUGUCGAAGGCCGGGCCUCCCUCUAGAGUCAGAGCCGAUGCUACCCACCUCAA